GCGGAAGUCAGUGACGCAUAUAGUCUACUGUACAUUCAGAUGCAGAUGGGGGCUAUGAAAUAAACAAAACAUMAUCGCCAUUUAGUUCGGGAGAAAGCGGCGGUGAGUGUUCAUUGUUUUGUUCUGCACGGUGCGUACAUUUUGAACUGCGAUUUGAGCAUUUGAUCACCGCGGAGCACUUCAGGAAAUGUAAAUUAUCUGGCUACAUUGUAACUGCUGCGCCUUUUAUAAAAGAAUUCUUCCUGAGACGACGCGUGGCUUGAUGGACUAGUUUGGACCAUAAAAUUGUGUUAAUAUCUGCAUUUCACGACCGCUGCUGUAGCCUACAGAAAUACAUAACUGACAGCAAUUCUACAACAUAAGGAAGUAUUAAAAAUACGAGCAGUGCAGGCUACGGUAGGAGUAGUGUUUWGGCCAGUCAUGCCUGUUGCCGUGGCAGCAGCAGCAAGACAGGAAGUGUGUGUGUGAGUACGCCCAGUCCGGUGGUUUCCGCGGGGAUGAACAUGCCACUGCACCAGAUCUCUGUCAUUCCCCGUGAUGUCCCUUCUUCCCGGGUCAGCAGCAGCGGAAAGGCCAAGGACAAAGACAAACAGAAUGAGAAGCCCCUCGGUCAUUCUGCCAGCAGGUCCAGCAAUAUUUCCAAGGCGGGGAGCCCCACCUCCGUCAACGCCCCCUGCAACUUCUCACGAACGUCGGUCACCCCCUCCAACCAGGACAUCUGCAGGUACUGURCACACACCUUUAAAUAACCGUUGAACUCUAACCCCUGACCUUUAACCCUCCAACCAUGACAUCUGCUGGUUUACAUCCUUCAAUUGCAUUGGGCUGCUGAGGGCAAGACAGACCCAUGGAUAGUUGAUAUUAUGAAAGACGGGUCAC